AUGGGUGGACAUGUCACUUUCAGCAAUCAUCAAUAUUACAAGACAGCCACCCGGUGGGCGGUCGAGGAAUGGAAUGAGAUCGGGAGGAAUUGCAAGGUCGACAUGAGUCCUUUAUGGAACGAGCCGGGUAUCCACCUUGUUCCCUAUCCAGCUCAAUUCGCUGUACCCCUUUUCCCGAAUGAACAUAAAGAGAAAUGUUUACGAGAUUUGAGAGAAAGAUACAGUGAUCAAAACGGAAAACUCUCGAAGAAUGCCACCUUUGAGGAGUGGGUGUUGAGGAAUUUUGGACCAGCGAUGAAUGAGGCUUUCUUUAUCCCAUACACAAUCAAGGUUUGGACCCUGGGAGUCGAAGAAAUGUCGUCGAAUUGGGUGGGUGAACGAGUGGCAAAAUUGCCGAAAGAGCGAUUAGAGGAGCUUUGUGCGAUGAGCGAAGAUGAAGUUGUGAUGACACCGAAUGGAGAAAAAUAUUGGUCAUUGCUGGUUGAGUGCGCGAGGAAACCAGAGGAUACAACUGCCAGCGAAGAAGAGAUCAAAAAAGCCACCGUUGCUGGCCUUGUGAGAAAAGGAAUGAUCGAAGAAGGAAACAUUGUCUCACUUUGGUCGACCACAUUAAACUACGGAUAUCCCAUUCCAACUCCGCAACGAGAUGAAGAGCUAGCUCGAGCACAUCGAGAACUGGAGAAAUGGUCGAUCUAUUCUCGAGGCAGAUUUGGCGGAUGGAAAUAUGAAGUGAGCAAUCAGGAUCACUGCUUUUUGCAGGGUAAAGAAUUCAUCGAUCGAAUCGUUUUGGGUGAACCCGAGCGAAUGUACAAAACGUGUGUUGAUGAGUUUGCAGAAGAA